UGACCUUUUAUUGAAAAUGAAAGUAGACAUUUGCUAUUUUUUAGUUGCUGCCUUCUAAAAAAGUAAAUGGCAGAAGGGGCUCACUUAACAUCAGCCGUCGGACAUGGGAGACCUUCUAUAUUCGAAGUUUUAGCACAGGAGAGUUUAAUAUCAACAGUUAGACCAGCAGUUAAACAUGCAGUCAGGGUUGCUGCAGAGAAUAGACCAGAGAAAUUUGGCUGGCUGUUACGAUAUUAUGAUGAAGUAUACACAACUUUGGAUUUUCUCUUGGAGCAGUACUACCUUAGAAAAUAUUGUGCAACCUUUGCAGAGAAUUUCUACAGUUUAAAGAGAGUUAGUCCAUCACAGAAGUCAUCACGCCUUCCUAGAGGUGUGAUCUGGAAAUCACUACUGUGUGUAGUAAUACUGCCAUACGUUAAGCAGAAACUGGAUGAGAAAUUUGAAAAUCUGAGACAUUUAUACAAUACGUAUGCUGGAAAUCAGGAAAUGUCUAAGUUAAGCAGAACAUUUGUUGCAGUUUAUCCUUACGUUCAUACGAUCUGGGAAGGCGCAAUAUUGUCAUAUCAAACAGCAUACAUGUUUGGAAAGUGUGACUGGCAUUCUCCAUUUCUACAGCUUACUGGAGUGACCCUUUGUAAUGACCUUGAGGAUGGAGAAGAAGGUCAAAGAUCAAGGUCAUUACCUUGGCAACAGUUAAGUUUACAAGGGAAGAUGAUGUUUAUAAUGAAGAAAAUGUUGAAUUUUACAGCAGUAUCUGUCUCAACUGGUCUGUCAGUAGGCUUGUUCUUUAUACAGUUUCUAGACUGGUGGUACUCCAGUGAAACAAGUCAUAAGUCAUUGACGUCUUUGCCUGUACCUGAUCCUCCACAGAGAGAUGACACAACAGAGGCAGCCCAGUUUAAUGUAUGUCCAAUCUGUCACAGGACAAGAUCAAAUGAUACGGCACUUUCAGUAUCUGGGUAUGUGUUCUGCUAUCCAUGUAUAUAUGACUAUGUGAAGGAGUACAAGAAAUGCCCAGUGACCAGGUUCCCAGCUCAGACUGAACAUCUUAUCAAAUUAUAUAUAACUGGUUCCUAGCAUUUAGAGACAAGAACUAGAAUCGGGACUGUGAUAGAAAUAACAGACUACAUUAUGAAUGAUUUGAGCCGUGCCAUGAGAAAACCAACAUAGUGCGUUUGCAACCAGCAUGGAUCCAGACCAGCCUGCGCAUCCGCACAGUCUGGUCAGGAUCCAUGCUGUUUGCUUUCAAAGCCUAUUGCAAUUAGAGAAACUGUUAGGGAACAGCAUGGAUCUUGACCAGACUGCGUGGAUGCUCAGGCUGGUCUGGAUCCAUGCUGGUCACAAACGCACUCUGUUGGUUUUCUCAUGGUGUGGCUCAGUUUUGUUGUCAUAUUUACUCAAGAGCUGAAGGGAGGAAACUGUUUGUUUCUGCUGGGUUUUCAGUUCAGGUUAUUUGACUGUUUUCAAGCUAUAAUGGUGGAAGAAGAUCCCUGAUGCCCCUCCAGGCGUUGGGUCAGGUAUGGACACCUGGGUAUUACCAUCAACCUUCUACAAGCCAGCUGGAUGACAUCCACGCAUAUCAAACCAAGUGGGCUGGAACCCACAGAGGUGAGGGAGAAGUGAAUUCAAAGUCAGCAGCUUCACUUCUCGGUAAUGGAAUACCCCCUGUGAAAGAAGGAAAGGGAGAAUUAAAAACAAUUUUUUUUUCUCUACCAGCUUUGUAGUAUAAAAAUGUUCUAUCACAAUUAUUUAAUACAUUCAUUGAGUUUGAUAUUCAGAUAUGUAAAUCAAACAUGUGCAAAAGUGAAUCAUUUUAAGGUAUCUCUGAUCAUUUUGAGCAAAAUGUGUUUAACAAUCCAGAAUUUGAUAUUAGCCAGAUUUUUUUAAUUAAAUUUGAUAUACUUAGAAUUUAGUGUAUAAAACUUAAGGUUUUGUACAUGAUAUUAAGCUGAACAAAUUUGAAAGUGAUAAACCUUAAGUAAAUUUUCAUAAUGGAGUCUAUGGAAAAGUAACAUUUUUUUAUGAAUUUUUCAAGUACAUGUAAAAAAAUCUGUGUAAAUUUUAAUGAAGCUUCUUACAGCUGUAAAUGUACCUAUUUUUAGAUGUUUUCAAAUAAAAUGUAAAGCAAAUAACUUUAA